CUCAUUCAGAAAGUAUUCAAGUAUCACUGUAUUGCUAUCUGACAGCAUCAGUACUUUCUGUUACAGACUGUACAACAAAGACUCGAAGCCAGCACUUUUCUUGAGUGUGGUUUUAUGAUUCUAGAGAGUUCAAGGUUGUUGCGGCGCUUCCGGGGACGUCAUCGCGCACCGACCGACGUCCGUAAUGGACCUGCAGCUGUUCUCUGACAAACAAUAACAAGAGCGAACGGCGGCGGCGGCGGCUUCCGUGUCUGUAAUCGCGCUGAUAUCGAGCCUGUGAGGCGUCUCGACUCUGACAUCGCCGGCGAGGAAACUCUGGCCUCCGCUGCCUCCUCCUCCGACUCGGAAACCGGCGGAGCUUCGCCGCCCCCGCGGAAGAAAAGCCGAGGCUCGGCGGCGGAGGGAGCAGGAGACAGCGGGGCGUCUGCUGCCGGGAUCACGGGCCUCUCUGCAGCGUCUCUCCCAACCCCCCACCAGCGCUCGGCCAUCCGUCUCAAUAACAGCUCGCAGUCGCGCAGAUCCGCCGCUGUAAACGCCUUUUAUAACAUGCAGGCCAACGGGACCGGAGGACAGGAGCCGGAGCCGGAGCCGGAGCCGGAGCCGCAGCUGUCCUGCAGGAACGGAGAGUCCUCGUCCUCCGCCGCGGGAGCGGUGCACUCCAACGGGCUGCUGUCCUCCGCGAAUAAAGGACUGCCGUCCACCGAGAGCCCGACGUCUGACACCAGCACGAAGAAGAAGAAACGACUGUCCCAGAGCGACGAGGACGUGAUCCGGCUCAUAGGACAACAUCUCCACGGGCUAGGACUCAAUCAAACUGUGGACCUGUUGAUGCAGGAAUCGGGCUGUAGACUUGAGCAUCCUGCUGCUACCAAGUUCAGGAAUCAUGUGAUGGAGGGGGAGUGGGAAAAGGCUGAGAGUGACCUCAACGAGCUGAAAGCACUGAUGCAUUCACCCAGCGCUGUGAUGCGGAUGAAGUUCCUGCUCCUGCAGCAGAAGUAUCUGGAGUAUCUGGAGGACGGGAAGGUUCUAGAAGCGCUGCAGGUGCUCCGAGCUGAACUCACGCCCCUGAAGUACAACACUGAACGCAUCCACGUCCUCAGCGGGUACCUGAUGUGCACUCUUCCCGAUGACCUGCGAGCUAAAGCUGAGUGGGAAGGCAAAGGGACGGCCUCACGAUCCAAACUCCUCGACAAGCUGCAGACGUACCUGCCUCCGUCUGUGAUGCUGCCGCCCCGUCGUCUGCAGACGCUCUUGCGGCAGGCCGUGGAGCUGCAGAGAGAUCGCUGUCUCUACCACAACAGCAAACUGGACAGCGGACUGGACGACGUGUCUCUGCUCAUAGACCACAUGUGCAGCAGAUCACAUGACUCUCACCAGCUCAAGCAGCUGAAGACGUUGGAGGGUCAUGCCUAUGGGGUUUCCUAUCUGGCCUGGAGCCCCGAUGACACGUAUCUGAUAGCGUGCGGCCCGGACGACUGCUCCGAGCUCUGGCUGUGGAACGUGCAGACAGGGGAACUGAGAACCAAAAUGAGCCAGUCCCAUGAGGACAGCUUGACCAGCGUGGCCUGGAAUCCAGACGGCAAGCGUUUCGUUACCGGAGGUCAGAGAGGCCAGUUCUACCAGUGUGAUCUGGACGGAAACCUGCUGGACUCCUGGGAGGGUGUUCGUGUUCAGUGUCUGUGGUGUCUGAAUGACGGCAGGACAGUGCUGGCCUCUGAUACACACCAGCGCAUCCGUGGAUAUAACUUUGAAGAUCUGACCGACAGGAACAUAGUUCAAGAGGACCAUCCGAUAAUGUCCUUCACCGUGUCAAAGAACGGGAGAUUAGCUCUGUUAAAUGUCGCAACUCAGGGAGUUCAUCUGUGGGACCUGCAGGACCGGGUGUUAGUCAGGAAGUACCAGGGCGUGACUCAAGGCUUCUACACCAUCCACUCCUGUUUUGGCGGCUACAACGAAGACUUUAUCGCCAGUGGCAGUGAAGAUCACAAAGUUUACAUCUGGCACAAGCGCAGCGAGCUGCCCAUAGCCGAGCUGACGGGUCACACGCGCACAGUCAACUGCGUGAGCUGGAACCCCGCGCUGCCGGGCCUCAUGGCCAGCGCCUCGGAUGACGGCACCGUGAGGGUCUGGGGUCCCGCACCCUUUCUGGACUCCCAGGAGACCGAGGGGCUCACCGAGUGCUAUAGCAUGGAUAGUUGAUGUUGACUCCGGAGCAGAUGUCCACUUUGGAAAAUAUACAGUGAGACACACUAUAGACUUUGUGAAUGAAGAACGAGAAAUGAAGUAAAUCUAACGGCAGACGGAUGUUUUUUCCUGGCGGUUUCACAUCCCCACAGCGGACACAUGAAGCUGGCGGCUGCCCUUCAUCAUCUGACUUCACAUCCGUGUGGCGGCACCAAACGCACACGCCUCGCAGAGGUCACGCCCCUCCUCGGCUCAAGCUCCUCCCCCUCCCCUACACUGCAUUCUGAGUGGACAACUGCCUCCUGAAGCCACACCCACCCACACACACGGACAAACAUCGCUCAGAUCGUUAUUUAUUACGGCUUUAAUUUAUUAUUGUGAAUGAAUCAAGGCCUCAGGCUUGCUUUGUGUUCUGUACAAUAUUCACUCAACGAGGGGACAAAAAAAAGUGCAAUCUCUCGCACGUGUCAGAGAGAGAACAAAUCAUAUCUUUAUUUUUCAGCAUGAACUUCUUUUAGCCACCUCGUAUGCUUGAAAGUAAGUGUCUUCACCAGCAGAUAUAAGAUAUUGUUUUCGUUUCCCUCACGACAAUUUUAAAUGACUGAAUUUACAGGCAUUUUUUUAACUGAUUGAUAUUCGUUUCGAUUCGAAAAGUCCAAUCAUGACCCCACUAUUUUUCAUUGCUUAUGGUACUUUAUUCUGAGAGCGGGAAGUGAUGGAUUGUUAUUCUUUAGUCUUGAGAUGUAAGAUUUACGAAGAAAGACGCAUAACAGGACAGGACAAAACAGGUUGUUUUUUGGUAACGGGGUUGAAGACAAACUAAGCUAGGCUCGCUAAGAUGCUAAUGACACGCCAAUGAGCCGACGUCACGUUCCACAUGUAAAUACAGGCCUUCAGCAUGCGUACUUUGCCUUCGUUAGGUGUUCGUGACGUGCUUGAGGUCAUUUUUGCAGUGAAUGUUCAGGCUCUCGGUGUGAGACGAGUGAUUUUGUCACGGUAAGUACGUCAGAACAAACUCCCAAAUGUUUCUGAGUUCAGUUUCCAUGUUUGAUGUCCGUUUUUUUUCCCUCCUCUUCGGUCUCGUUUCCUCUCGUAUUAUCACAUCUUGACUUUUUAUUUAUUUA